AUGCCCCAACAUCGCUCCCCACCGCCAGCCGCGCGUGACCCCAACCCCGACCCCACCGCGACGGCGCCCUCUCCAGGCCGCGGUGGAGGACACCAGGCAGCCGGCCAGCCCGGGUGGCAGCGGCGGCUCCGGGCAGCGCGGUCCCAGGGGAGGGCGGCAGCUGGGCCGCGGCCUGUCCGCAGGGCCAGCGGGCACAGGGCCGGCGGGCGGGCGCGGGCGCGGGCGGGCCUGGCCCGGGAGCGGGGACCGCGGAGGGCCCGAGGGCGCGCCGGCGACGGGGAGGGGGAGGCGGGCGCGGCGUCCGCGGCGGGGCCCCGAGAGCCCCGCGGCGGGGCCCGGAGCCGUGGGCCGGCCUCGAUUCUGCGGCCGCGAGGUGCGGGAACCGGUCCGCCGGGGCGGGCAGCGGCGCUAGGCGGCCGGGGCAGCGACGCCGCCGCCUUUCCCUUCUCCUGCCCGGGUCCCUGCUCCCCCGCGACCUCCUCCUCGCUGGGUCCCCGCCGCCGCCGCCGCCUCAGCCUCGGCGCUUCUCGAGCUUCUGCUCUCCAUCAAGGCCGGGCCGACCCGCAGGGACCAUCCCGGAAAGUGAGGGGUUGUUGCCGUUUCCCGCAGCUGUUGGUGGCCAUCUUUAAUCCUCCUCCUCCUCCUCCUCCUGCUUUCUCCACCUCCCGCUGGCUGCCUGACUGACUGACUCUGGAUCCUCCUCUUUCUCCUCCUGCUCCUCCUACUGAGCCGGCCGCAGAAAUUGCAGCCGCUCUUCCUCUCUCCGCUCCUGCCUUUCCUUCCUCUUUCCCACUUCCUUCCCUUCCCCCGGCUUCCCGCGUUCCCCCUCACUCUAACCGGCCGCCUUCGCCCUCUCACGCAGGCGGCGGCCGCUGGGUUCUCUCAGCGGGAGUUCGGCCCCGUCGUCGCUCUUGCCCCUCUCCCCACUUCCCUUCCAGACGCACACACCCCGGCUUCCUUCCCCUCGCCCUGCACGCAGCUGCUCCCGUUUCCCUCUCCCAACUCACUGCCCCUCUCCGGUGGUUCUCACCCUCCUCAGUUCCAGUUUCUCAAAAGACCCGGCUGUGAACGGACAGCUGGGUUCUGCUCUCCUUAACCCUACACCCAUUUGCUGGAUGCCGUCAGGCAGCGAUGGAAGAAAGGAAGACUGCGUUAAUUUUACUCUAGCUGGAGUACAAAGGACUGCCCACGCUAGCUAUUUUACUACGCAGCUUUGAAACUCCUGGAUGGUGUCGUGUUUGGCUCCGGUCCAUUAUUGGACCGAAUUGUUGAAGAGCCCAGUCUCAAAUGUUGCCUUCCCUCAGUGACCUUGAGCCAGUUGCCCUAAAAUUUUAGGGUUCUUUACCGCCCCUUCCCAUGAAGGAUAUUUAUACCUUUGCAGUCCUAACAAACACAGUUUAGACCAAAUUAAUACGCUUUGAGUGAUCAUCAGUUUGUCCCUCUGUUGUCUGUUCCUGAUCAAGCCAGUAGACAAUCUGGGGCAAGCCUCAGUUCUGGCAGUGGAGGCAAACUGAGUCAGCAAUUACGAGUGGAGACUCUGAAACAGGCUUCGAGUGGGGAAGUGGUAACAUUGUUCUAAUGACCAAUUUGGUUUUCCUAACACUGCAGUCUACAGAAGCAUGUGAAUUUCCUCCCCGGAAUAUGAAGCAAGGGGGACUUGCUGUUUGCUUCUUUUUAACUACUUUGCCUUUGGCAAGUUGAAUCCACUUGUAAGGAUCCACACAAGAUUCAGCACUGCUGCCAAACACAAGGGAUAUUAUAUAUGAGCAUUUGGAGCUGGGGGCUCACAGUUUCUGCUCCUUAGGGAUAAUGGAGCCUUACACUUUCAGAAUAAGAGGACCAGAUGUGUUCAAAGGUUACACUCCU